GAUUCCAUGAAGUAUUCAUUCUCCAAGAACUCCCUUUUCUGACAUGUCGUCGCGUGACUCCAACGUCAGGGAGGAGAAAAUAACUGAAUGUUUUUAGUCCGUUGACUGGGACUAACAGAACACACUGUACAGCGAAAUGACCUCAUUAUUCAUCUUUACAUCCAUCCUGUUCUCCCUCUUGUUCUCCUCUUCGUGUUGGUGCUCAGCUCGCUGAGGAGCAGUAGGACUUAUGAGACAUGACCGACAUCCACAAACACACGAGAUGCAGCUCAGAAGCACUUUGCUGUACUUCAUUCACUUUGUUUGAGUUGCGUGGAGGGUUAAGCUUCCUCCUGUAAAUCUUUUUAUUAAUAAACCGGCAAUUCCAAAGCGUGGAAUAGCAUCUUCUCUGCAGUAGCGCUCAGCAGGAUUCGUCUCUCCUGGGGGAGGAGGGGACGCAGCAAUGAAGAGCCAAAGGAAGAACCCACAAAGACCCAGAUAGAACCGACCCCCCCACAAACUGGUGUUUGGGUCUUCUGGUUUUUCUUUCCUUGAAACAUCUCGGAGUCGAAUUGGUCCUCGUAGAAGCAGAGGGAACAUCUGGUGAAGCACAUGAAGAUAACUAAACGUAGAUGUUCCGGGAUGUUGGAUUCUGUCGUGUUUCUGGACCGGAGGACGGACAGGAAGGGACAUUGCGAGUGAAGAGGUAUUUGAUGAUGAGAUGAUUCAGGAGGUGCAAAGUCCUCAGCAGAGAAGAAGAGGCGUGAGGGCCUUGAAGCUCUGUACAUGCACCAUGGGACGGGAAUCUGUAGUCUCAGGCCGUUCCCCCUCUGGAGGGAAGCCGUGAGCUUCAUGCUUCAUACAGGACGUCUCAACGGAGAGCUUUGAUUUCAACCAUAAAUCUUGUGCGACAGGAUGUCCAUCGUCAGCGUCGUUGCCAGGGAGAUCCUGGACUCCCGGGGAAACCCCACCGUGGAGGUGGACCUCUGCACGGAGAAAGGUCUCUUCAGGGCCGCGGUGCCCAGCGGGGCCUCCACGGGGAUCUACGAGGCCCUGGAGCUCCGAGACGGAGACAAGAGCCGCUACAAAGGCAAAGGUGUUCUGAAGGCCGUCGGGCACGUCAACGACACCCUGGGUCCCGCUCUCGUAGCCUCCGGCAUCAGUGUGGCGGAGCAGGAGCAGCUGGACAACAUGAUGAUCGAGAUGGACGGAACAGAAAACAAAUCUCAGUUUGGGGCCAACGCCAUCCUGGGGGUGUCCCUGGCCAUCUGUAAGGCCGGUGCGGCGGAGAAAGACGUCCCCCUGUACCGCCACAUAGCCGACCUGGCGGGAAACACGGAGCUGGUGCUGCCGGUUCCCGCCUUUAACGUGAUAAACGGAGGAUCUCAUGCAGGCAACAAACUGGCCAUGCAGGAGUUCAUGGUCCUUCCUGUUGGAGCCGAGUCUUUCAAGGAGGCGUUGAGGAUAGGAUCAGAGCUGUACCACACGCUGAAGGAGGUGAUCCAGGAGAAAUACGGCCAGGACGCCACCAACGUGGGAGACGAGGGAGGGUUUGCUCCCAACAUCCUGGAGAACAGCGAGGCUCUGGAUCUGCUGCAGACGGCCAUAGAGAAGGCCGGCUUCACGGAGAAGGUGGUGGUCGGGAUGGACGUGGCCGCCUCCGAGUUUUACCGCGAGGGGAAAUACGACCUGGACUUCAAGUCCCCACCGGAUCCCGAGAGACACAUCUCCGGAGAGGAGCUGGCGGACAUCUACCAGGGCUUCGUCAACAACUACCCAGUGGUGUCCAUCGAGGACCCGUUCGACCAGGACGACUGGGAGGCCUGGUCCCGUCUCACGGCCCAGGUGGGGAUCCAGGUGGUGGGGGACGACCUGACGGUGACCAACCCGAAGAGGAUAGAGAAAGCCGCCGAGGAGCGAGCCUGCAACUGCCUGCUGCUCAAAGUCAACCAGAUCGGCACCGUCACCGAGGGCAUCCAGGCGUGUAAACUGGCUCAGGCCAACGGUUGGGGGGUGAUGGUCAGCCACCGCUCGGGAGAGACGGAGGACACCUUCAUCGCCGACCUGGUGGUGGGACUCUGCACCGGACAGAUUAAGACCGGCGCACCCUGCAGAUCCGAGAGGCUGGCCAAGUACAACCAGCUGAUGAGGAUCGAGGAGGAGUUGGGCGACCAGGCUCGUUUUGCAGGCCAUAACUUCAGGAACCCAAGUGCCCUGUGAAACUGACAUGGGAAUGAUUCAGACACACACACACACACGCACACACACACACGCACACGCACACACACACAAGCACUGACUGAGACGCCAUACAUGGGAACGAGCCAUGAUGCAAAGAUCAUCACAAAGAAGAAAAAACAAAAGAAAAUAUCCAAGCAAAAAGAAAAUAAGAUUAAAUAAAUUAUGCACUGGACAGGUCGGGGGAUGAUGCCGUAUGCACACACACGCAUGCACACACACACACACACAUGCACACACACACGCACACACACGCACACACACACACACACACACACAUACGAGUAGGUUGAUGCAGCUCAUGCACAUGCAGGGGAGCACCAUGGAAAUAUCUAAUUUAUAAGCCUGACAUGCACUGUUACUGUAGUUUGAAUAGUUCACGAGGAGAUAAACAAGUAGAGAUUUAAUAGGAAGCUUUAAACUGACGCAGCGACUGAAAGAUAAAAUAAAAAACGCACCAAAAGAGGAGGAUGCGCUCAGAGAAAGAAACACGAACCAUUACUCAAGUCGUACACAAACACAGCUACACACUCAGGUGUGUCUCACUCUCACCUGGACACUGAAGUACCUGCACUCCCCCCCCCCCCCCCCUCUUUCUCCUCGUCGUGUCCCAUUCUGAUUUCUCCUUUAUGCUUGAAAAGACAAACCCAAACCCCCCGAAUCCCUUCGUUCCUUCUGUUCCUCCUCAAUGUCUUUAGAAUCAAUGUGUUGAAAAGAUGAAAGAACAUAAAUAAUAAAAAGAGAACGCUUGUCAUUGAGAAUAAUGUGAAAAUAUGUGAAAUAAAAAGAUGUUAAUUUACAAUUUCAAUCACA